UCUCAGGUGCUGGGUGCUCGUUAGGAGGAUUGCACUGGUCUGAAGCUGCUUCUGUAAGAGAGUUUCCUGCUCAUCUGCUGUCUGUGUGCAUCCUACAGCUGGCUGGCAUCACCUCCAUUGGGCUGUCUCUUUGCAUUCUGGCAAUGGGUGGUUGUCUUUGCAAGAACAAGAGGCCCUGUGUGUUCCCUAUGAGAGUUACUUUUCGUAAGACCAGGGGGAAAAAGGCAUCUGAGUCUGUAGUUAUGUUCUGUGAUGCUUCAACAUGGACUGGGGAGAACCAUUUUUAUUCAGCACGCAUAGGAAGGACCCCCAGAGCCCCCAGACUUUAUCUUGUGGAAUCAGAUUCCUUAAACACCCCUGAAUGUGAAUCUGCUGACCAAGAUAGAAGGGACACAGGAGCUGCAUCCCAGCACAUAGAACACACUGAGGCCACGCUUUGUGCCUCUUCUAGAGAUGCACACAAUAGUGAGGAGCCACAGGACCCUGAAACCAAACCCAACACAGAGAGGAUGAAGAACCAGGAGCUUGCUGAACAGCCAAAACACGAAGCCCAAUCUGUCAGAUGCAAUCUACAAGAGAUGAAUAAAGCUCAAGCUCAUGAGCAUCCUACUGGUGCCUUUAUACCCCAUGAGCAACUCAGCUGCAGGGAUGAUGAAGUGAGGCCUCAUACAAAGACAAUUGUAAAGGUUGAAGUCCAUGUGUCUGCAGAUGCCCAAGGUGAGGUCUGGCCUGCUACAGUGGAGUCAGUUCCUGCAGAAGAAGAUGCUACAGUUCUGUGUAAUUCAGAGGAAACUUGUGAGGCAAAGGAUCAUCAAGAAGUGCCUGUGGAAGAGGCAGCUGAGUCCCCACCUGCUCUGUGUACCAUGCAGGAGUCAGAGCUGCUUUUGGAGACCGUGGAGACAAGAGAAGACAUCACAAGUAUGCAGAGGUCUGCAGAAAAGCAAGAAGAAGAAGAGAAGGAGCACUUUGCUGCUAAAGCCUCACCUGAUCUCCACUUGGAGCGUGAUAAAGAGGUGGCUCUUCAUGAGCAUGCAAAAGAAAAUGCUUUUGAAUCGGAGCAAGCUGAAGAACAGGCUGAGGUUGGUGAUGAUGGACAAACAUCAAUUGAGAAGCCGUGCUGCCUGGUAGAAACCCAAGCUGCUCUGCAGGAUGAGGAGGAGAUUAAAGCCAGCAAUGGGGAAAAGCAGCCUGCUGAUGAGCAGUGCUGAAAGAGAACAUGGAGCCUGGUGCAGUAACCACUGAACAGGCUGAGGGUUUGUCUGCAACAAAGCAAAGAAUCUGCCGUCUUGAUCCUACAAGGAGCUGGGAUGGAUGAAUGUGGGUGUUUGUAUCCUAAAGGGCGCCAUGGGCAAGUUGUUUAUGAGGCCUGCUUUAGAAAGUGGGACUAAACAGCAAGUUGGUGCACAGCUUUCCAUAGGAGUGAGAUUAAUCUUCCCUAAGGAAACCAUUUCUAGCUAUUGUGUUCUUGUGUGCUUCCUAUAAUAACUGUAUUCAUAUGGGUGGGAGGGGGAGGGAUAGUUAAAGGCAAGCCAGGAUAUAAGGAUUUUGAAAGGCAUGCAUCUAUUUAAAGGAUGAAUAGUUUUACUGUCUUUAUGUGCUUAAUCCCAUCAAGAAUAUAGUGUAUGUUUAUUUCUUCUAAAUCAAGGGACCAGGCUGGCAUGCUAUGAGCCUAUCAGUUUAAGCCAGCCCUCCCUAAGAUAUUUUCCCUUAUGACCAAAGCAGAAUGGAGACAUUGUUCAUGGAAAUCUCAGUUACUGUCACUUAACGCAGAGCAUGUUCCCUCCCCUUGGAUGUUGUGUAAGAUCCUGAAGAUACCUACAUCAGUUCAUUAUGCUGACAAGCUGCCCUGGGUUGGUUCUAUGAAACAAACUGCUGCUUAGGUUAGUCUAGGAGAAUGUGGAUAUUCCCCCUGUACUUAGAAUUAAACAACUAAUGUGUGGGUCUGGAGGCUUCUCCUUGCUGAUGCUAAAAGGGAAAAAGCCAGCAAAGAGCCACAGAAGCUUCUCUGCAUUGUUCUGCCAGUGUCUUACGUACAUAGAUCAGUAACUAUAAUGAAUUGCCAAGUAUUUUCAGAGGUUGGUAUUAAUCCUCUUCUCUCUGUUUUGUGGUUGCUGAGAUAAUUCGUGGCAAUGAGUUUGACAAUACAGCACAAAGAAAUGUUGAAAGCAAUGAAAUAUUCAGGAUGAGAAUCACAGCUUUAAGAGACAAAAGAAUGGGGGGGGUUGUGGUUUUUCCUAUGAUGGGUAAAUGCCAAACACCAGGAAGGAAGAAGUUAAGAGGGACAGAUAAAGAUGUGAAGUAGAUGGCAUGCUUGCAUGUACUCCUGGCAAAGGAUCAUGUUAGUGAUGGUGAUGCAGGAUUCCUAGGGGGACUUUGUCCAUCUUUGGGCCAAGCAUUUCAGCGAACUUGAAUCAGAGAUUCUUCCCAGUACUCAACAUAUGUUUGUAUUCUUGCAUUAAAGAAUCAUUCACUCCCAAA